AUGACUGGUGAAAACAAGAGCUGCCCUUCAUUUUCAAUAGGGUAUGGAACUCCUGAUAGAUGCAGUCCGGAAAGCGACAGAUUAUCGGAUUCUGCCCCAAGUUUGAGUGUUCCAAGAAUUGCAGAAAGUACUACACAAUCGACUAGCUCUACAUAUGAUACUUCUGAGGCUAAGCGUGAGUCUCAAGGUUUUGUAGCUCCGUUGAGGGGAGAUGCACCAUGGAAUGUUCGAUUUCAAAAGACCGAAGAAAUCCUUGAGGAUGGUUUUUGCGAAGAGAAGCGAAGACUCGGCAUUGGGCGGCCUCAGAAAUUUGACAUUGUUUUCGAUCACUUCGGCUGUGUCAAAACGUCUAAUAUUUCGGUGGCUGCAAGCAUGAAUGUGAAUUGGGAGAUUGAUGUACACGUAAAUGUCCAAUAUAUUACAUCUGAACAGGGUGAAGGAAACCUACUGUCUGCGGCUGAGAGAAUUAGCCGCAGAGAUUAUGAUCUUAUUGGUUUUGCAGCAUUCGUGCCAGAGGCCGCCCCAUUGUAUACGACAUUCAGUUCCGUUGCGGGAAAAGUCUCACCCAAUAAGAGAAUUCAAUUGUUACAUGGGCGGCCUCAUGAAAUCGCACGAGCUUGCAUAUCAGACAACGAAAUUUACAUCGAUACGACCUAUUUUCACAGUAUAGUCCAAGGAUCUUGCGGAAACACAGAAAUCGAAAUCGAAGCUAUAACGCAGCUUAAUCACAAAUUAUCUACAUCUUCAAAUUAUUCUUCUACUUCUUCUUCAAUUUCCUCCUCCUCGCCUCACACGGCAUCACCUCGCUGGUCCCCGGACACGAAUCAGAGUCACGAUAGCCCUUCCCCACGCUCAUUCACGAAGUUGCCGCUCUUGUCACCGGAACAGGUACAGGAAAGUUCUAUUCCCACCUCCAGUAUCAGCUUUCAGUCAACUCCAGAACUUGCAUCACCUGCUUCUCAAUUUCUGGUUCAGGGUCAUCUCUUGGCUGUUCAACCAGCUGUGACGCAAGAGGCACUGGCAUCAAGCGAUCGUAUCUCAAUUGACGCUGUCCGCUUACCGACAACACCUGACAAUUCCUCCGGCAAACAAAGACCACUACAAACCCCGCCAGUCGCAGUAUUCGAUUCAAUUGCCAAGAGUGCCCAAAGGAGUUCUUACGUCGUUGUGAUUUGA